AUGGGUCCUAUUCAAUAUCCUUUGAAGGUUGUGAGCAAAGAGAAAGUGAUCCAAGUGGGUAUGAUGGAGCACAUCAAGAGAGAAAUCUUGGUGAUGAAGAUGGUAUGGCAUCCAAACAUAGUUGAGCUCCACGAAGUUUUGGCGGGCAAAUCCAAGAUCUACUUCGCCAUGGAACUCGUCCGUGGAGGCGAGCUGUUCUCGAAAAUCGCUAAGGGUCGGCUUAAAGAAGACGUGGCGAGAGUCUAUUUCCAACAACUCAUCUCCGCCAUCGAUUUCUGUCACAGCCGCGGUGUCUACCACCGAGACCUCAAGCCUGAGAACUUGCUCUUAGACGAAGAAGGUAAUUUGAAAGUCACUGAUUUUGGUCUCAGCGCUUUCACUGAUCAUUUGAAGCAAGAUGGGUUGCUACACACAACGUGUGGCACACCGACUUAUGUGGCGCCGGAGGUGAUUGGAAAGAAAGGCUACGAUGGUGCUACAGCUGAUCUUUGGUCCUGUGGAGUUAUCCUGUUUGUUCUUCUAGCUGGGUUUUUGCCAUUUCAGGACAAUAAUCUUGUGGCCAUGUAUAAUAAGAUUUACAGAGGUGACUUCAAGUGUCCACCAUGGUUUUCUUUGCUGGGUUUAGUUUGUUCUUGCUGGGUUUAGUUCUUUCUGGGUUUU